CGACUGGACGUCGGUGCAAGUUUUUCUCGUGCUACGCUACAAACCUGCUAUCCUCAGUCUCUCACACACAGACCAACACCUCAAACUCUACCCAGCCUCUACCCCGCCUGCUCCCUCAGCAACCGCCUCACAGACACAGUCCUGACGGUCAUCCGUCUCUGCGUGACACCACACACACAAACACACACACCACCGCUCUGGAUGCAGUUUGAACUCACGGCACCUCCAAGGAUUGCCCCGCUCCACUGCUUCUGCUUGCCUCUCGUACAUCGUGCGAACCUUGUCGAACACAAGAACUGGCGAGACAUGGUCGGAGCUGCAAGGGAACCGGCUCCACCGCCUGGGCGAGACAGUUCUGCGCUGCUACUGGUGCUCUGGCUUCUCCGCGCCACGUUCUGCAGGUUCCGUCCGUGAUGAGCGACAACUGGGUCCGCCCAUAAGGUUCCAUUGACCAGGGGGGAAGAGUUCAUGGGUACGCCCCAAGCUCCAAACCAGGGAGCAAGGGGUACAUGGAUGGCCCCAAAGCAAAUCGGGUGCUUCCCAUAGGUAUAGCCAGUCAAUUGCAGACCCCGGGCGACAGGGAAGGGGGAACAUGAGAAAGGAGCAGAGGAGCUGGCCACACAGCGAGCGCGCCCGCCCCGGCUCUGAUCUUGCUGGGGUUCACCGCAGUCUCUACCAGUACCUACGAGUCAUCAGGACUCCCAGAGACUGAGUCUAUCCAAGCCACUACUCCACCUUGGUGGCCCGUCCCAUUCCAUCCCAAAAGUGUCCUGCAAAGAGUUCGCAUCGCGCAAAACGCCACCGAACACUUAUGAUCGCAAAAUAUUGUGGUCAGGCGAUCUGCACCGGCCAACGACAAUCCUUUCCUUGAGCACACAUUUCUCGAAAACCUAUCGAUUCUAUACCCGUAUCCAUCGUCUUGCCUGGGGGCUUUCUAGCCCCUCUCUAUAUUGGCUCGCUGAGUCCGCCUAACCAUCUUGCAGAAGCCUCUGCUCGCUUCUUUUGGGCCAAAAUCCUCCUGUUGGUCCCAAUCGACGCCACGCGGCCACUGGCAUCGUCGUGCGCCGCUCGAACCUCAAUUGACAGCCCAGGAGCCCCCCUUUGGCGUUUCAACCUAGGCGUUUUGAAUAUCUCCUCUGGCCUGGCUCUCCUUGCGACUUCAACUCCUUGCAAACCUCCUUGUCGUCCCUCACACUCGUUACUCCAGGACCCGGGUAUCUAGGUGGCAUUGGAAUCUGAUCCGGCGGGAUUCCAACUUGUAAACUAUUUGUCCUGCAAUCCCUUUCCUUGCUUGCCACUCUUUUGAAGAAAUCUCGUACAGCAUCCGGAUACACUUGAAACGGCAAAUACGUCACACCGUUGCCCUUGGACUUCACAACCUUUUCCUUCAAUCACUUGAAUUUUCAAUUGGAGGAAUAGCUCUUGGGCCUGUUGAAGUGCUUUAAAACCCCCCUUAGAAGGACACCGGGAGUGGCGUCUUGUCACUUUCGAUCCAGGACAGCCUCUGAAGAUCAGCGGUGCAUAUCAGAGAAUAUCGGCCCCAGAGAAGGAUCAUUGCGGUUAUUACAGCCAAAAUUUUCUAUACUUCGACAUCUACCCCAGAAUGUACUUUAUUAGCGUACUAUCCAUAUGGAUUACCAUCUCGCUGUUCACCGCUGCCUCCGCAAAUCCAGUCGUCAGGAAAUCGCUCAAUCCUAAGCUCCUCAGGCCUAGAUCUCCCCUCACCAACUCAGCCUUCUCAGAAGACUGGCCUACCAACGUUGUCAUGGUCGGAGGAUCUCAGACCUAUGGCUAUUGGGUCCCUACCGACGGUACCUGGUAUGAUCUAGGGAACAUCGAAUGUCUCGGCUUGCCUGCUUAUGCGAUCGGCGACUGCAACGAUGUCACCAUCGACCAGAUUGGCGUCGUGGCGGGAUACGGACCCUGCAGUUUUGUCGGCAACAACGGCUACUCUUCCACCAUUGAAGGCGAUUCUGGCGAUGGCUACUACACGGUCGGCCCACCCCAGAACAUCAUGUCUGCUGCGUGUGGCUCUUCAUGACGGAAUCAACCCCCUCCAACCAACAAUCCUUCUCUCACGACGUCCAAGCGAAUCUUUGUUGAUGCGAAAAUGAAGCACGAUAAUAGACUUUGGUUCACUGAUUUCUUCGCUUCUUUUUCCCUCCUCCACCUUCCGGCAAGCUAGACUGCGCGCCCUCUGGUGGCGGUCCAACCUCCGCCGCCUGACCGAAUCAGACUCAGUCUCAUUACCAUCGAGGACAACUGCAGCCAAGAACACAGGAUGCCUCCGCCAUCACGCCUCGGCGGCGGCAUAAAGGGACUAGGGAACUCGAGGCAUGGUUUUGGGUCGGAAUGCAGAUCCAGCUGCAGCUGGGGAUGCCGAGUGAGCAUGAUAAAUGACCAGUUUGUUUCCAGGGGUCGGUCAUCCGGGCGGGGAAUCCAGGUCGCGGUACCGAGUACAGCAAACGGACGGACGGACAGGACAGAUGAAGUCCACCUGCAGCAGAUUUUCAGCAAUCUCGGCAAUCUGGACCCCCAAUUUUUGAUACCCAGCUACAGAAGGAGAGAGCUCUCAAUCAAUGUCUUUGCAAAGUUUCUGUAUCACUUCCUUCCUUCAGUCCGAUGGCCAUGUGCAAGUGGUGGCUGAUUUCUUCCCUGCGGUUGCUGCUGCCGCUACUUCUGCUUCUAGCCUCAGUCUUUAAGUGCGGGGGGUGAGCAAGGAAGAAGAGGAAGAG